AUUGCUAUGAGGGACAGACACCUUGAGGAACGUCGCAGACAAUCCGACAGCGGGCAUGGAACCUCGGUGGGAGAUUCGGAAAGUGACUCUGAAAAUAAUCCGCAAAACGUUCAACAUUUUGAAGACGACAAUUUUCCUCAAUUUCAAGAAGUGGAUGAUAGCUUUUCAGAGACGAGUGAUAAUGAUGUUCCCAAUUAUAAUUACGCCAGGGAGUGUCAGAGAGAAGAAAUGCAAUCUUCUUCAAAUAGUGAUACAGACGAUGAGUUUAUGGAAGACAGGCAGAUCGACCCGAGAGAAUAUUCAGAAUAUAGAGAAAGAAUUUUUGAUUUUACUAGAAAAGAAUCAACUCGACGAUUGUUAGUUGAAGAAAUAACUGAUGAAAAUGCACCAAGUACAAGUGGAAUCAAAGAACAGACAAGUAAUGAAGAAAAAAAUUCAAACAUUAAUGAACAGGUUGAAAACGAUAAAAACACUAUAAAACUUAAAAGGCAUUACAAGAAUGUAUGUUUGACGAAAGAAAUGAAAGAGUUGAAUGAAGAGGAAGAAAAACCUGAAGCCAAUUUUUCAAAAGUACUAGAAAAAAUAACUAACACAACUGAACACCAGGAAGCAUAUGUGAGAAAUGCAAAUAAAAUCAACAGUGAAGAACAGAAGAUUCAGUAUGAUAAGGAAAAAAUACAAGGAGACCUGAUAUCCGAUGAUUAUUUUUCUGAAAACAAACGUCUUUUGAAACAAAAAGCAACUGAUAUUGUCAAAAAUGAAGAUAUGUCAGAUUCGACCGUGACAUUCGAAGAAUUUUUGGAAAGACGUGAGAUGGGAAAAAUACAAGUACAAGAAGAGGAAAAACAGAAGACAAACAAAAAUGUUAUUGAGAAAAAUUCGGACCUGAAUGUGAUUAAUUUAACAAGAGAAAAUAUUCGUGAAAUCAUGGGCGAAGAAGUUAAAAAAAUUACUAAGUACACAACAAUUCAAGAUAUUUUGAGAGAAAACGUUGAGGUAAAAGAGUCAGAUGUUUGCAGUAGUGAUGAAGGUGAUGAGAGUGAUGGAUCUUUCGAAAGAUUUGAGGAUCAGAUUUACAGACAAAUGGACAAGCUUCCGCCUACAAAAAUUAAAAACAUACACGAACAAGGAGAUGGUCCACAGGAGUGCAACUUAACAGCAAAUGUGAAAACUAAAGAAGAACUGAAAAAAAUACUCACAUCAAAACCGAAAGAAAAUAAUGACGAAGACCGAGAGUAUAGAGAGAUGUUGGAAUGGGAUAUAAAAAUACCGCAGCAAAAUAUACAAAUUUUGAAACCGAUACAGAGAGAAGUUGUUAAUGAAAAAAAAGAUGAGAUUAUAGAACAACUAACGAAAAGUCAAAAAAAGGUCAAAUUGGAAUUUGAACUGACUCCGCCAGGAGAUACUGUAGAAGAAAAUGAUGUUAUCAAAUAUUCAAAAAAUACUUCAGAGAGUAUUAUUUGCACGAAUUAUAAGAGCAUCUACACAGAAACUGGUAGAGAGGUGAAAGAUGGAGAUAUCAAGCCUUCACAAAUACAUAAGAUGUUGAAAGUAUCCCAGAAUUAUCCCGUCUUUCAAAAAAAUCAAAAUGAAAUCAUAAACAAUGAAAUAAAAAAAGAAGAACAGGAAACAGAAAAUGCUUUGAUUGCGUGCAAUAAAAUUUCAGAAGUGAGGGAACAAACAUCGGAUUUUACCAAGUCUCUUGCCGAAUUUAAUGAGCGCUCUAGACAAGCAAGAGAAGAAAUUGUGAAGGACUACAAUAAAGCUAUAGAAAAAGAAUUGAAAGUUGUUGAUAAACUCAUAAAAAUGAAUGAACAAAUAUUUGGUAAGAAAACAUUCUCCACAAGUAUUCCAUCUAAAAAAGAAUUGAGAGGACUAGAUCAAAUAAAAGACAGUGAAUUUAGAAAACAUUAUGCAGAUAUGGGAAUGCUUUUAGAAGAAGAUGAUGAAGACGCAGAGGAAAUUAUGGAACAAACUGUUACUGAAGAUAUUGCUUCAAUAUUUGAAAAUGCCGACAAAUUCACCUUGGUGAAAACUGAAACAGUUCCGCUUACAGACAGUGAUGAAGAAUAUUCAAAUACUAGUGAAAUUCCCAACAGUGGAGGUUUGGAUAGUGAUGAUUUUAGAAAAUAUAAAGAAUGUCACUCAACAAAUGAAGAAGAGUUGGAUGAACAUUAUACAUAUCAAUUAGGGAAUGAUAAUGGAUCUGAAAAAUGCCACGAGAUACUGUUCAAAGAUAGUGUAGAAAAUACAGAUCUCAAUGAGGCCUCCAUGAGAGAAGAUGAAGUUCUAACGACUGAGGCUAAUGAUCAAUCUUCAGAAGAGAAAUAUAUUAAAAGAACAAUAAAAUGUUCUUUAGAAAUGCAAUUAGCAAAAGAAUCUACUUGGGUUGAGUAAUUUUGUUAUUAUUGUUUGCUAGUGCAUAUAAAAAAUUGAUAAUUGCUUACACAUUGAUGCGUUAUUGUAUAACAAAAAUGAAUAAAUUCUUUCAGAAAUGAA